CUUCCUCAAAACUCCAUCAGCUGCCUUCCUCUGCGCCUUGACAUCAGACCAGCGCAUAACUAUUCACACAAAGAAAAGCUGCGACAUAUCAAAGGGUGUCCGUAUUAUAUCAGAAGUAGUCCUACUACUGCGUCUGCCAAUAUGAGCGCCACACAACCGGGCGCCGAUAAUUUCGACCUCGAGAGGCUCAACGACAAGGACAAGGGCGAGCUUCGCCAAUUCCUUGCCAACGAGCAGCAGCGAUCGCAAAUCCAGUCCCAAACACACAGCCUCACCCAGAUUUGCUGGAACAAGUGCGUCACCGGCACCAUCAAAAACUCCAAGCUCGAUCGUUCCGAGGAAGGCUGCAUGGCCAAUUGCGUUGACCGAUUCCUCGAUAUGAACUUCCUCACCAUGAAGCACCUGAACAACAUGCGGUCUUCUUGAAUAACGGAUACUGCGACAAUCGAUAGCAUGUACACUGGCUGCUGGGCGACAAUAGACAUGAUCUUACUGCAUAAAGUGGGGAGUUUCCGUCACAGUGGCACAACAAAUUGCUCGCAAGAGUAGAAUCCUACAUCACGAUCAGAAGUGAAGGGUUUGGCAGGAAAACAAGCAGAGAUUCAGAGAGCGGGGUUGCUAGACACCCAGACAUUCGCAGCAACUACAAGCAUUCACAAUGCGACUAUUGUUUGCGCUCUGGGGUGGUUGAGGAUCGGCUGUCUUGACUUCAUCAUCCAUUUGCAUUGUAAAUGACAUGCUUCAAGUGCG